CACACACACGUGUGACUUCCAGUAAAGAAGAAAGUCGUAGGUCAAAAACUGAAAGUGUAAGUAAACAGUCAGACUCCAUUUUAACGAGCAGAAGAAGGACAACAGUCCGAUGCAGGUGUUACUGGUUUACCUCUCAGACUCCAGAAGAUGGAUGAUUUGGAGGAAGAGGAGAAUGGAGCAGAGUCUCCAAUAUCCAGCUGUCAGUCUUUGAAAAGUAACCAGUCCAAAGGUCGUCCUCCAGAAUUCAGUAAUGAACCUGAACCCUCAGACACAAAACAGAGAGCAGAGUCUCCAGUAUCCAGCUGUGUGUCUUUGAAGAGUGACCAGUCCAAAGAUUUUCUUCCAGAUCUCAGUAAUGAACCUGGACCCUCAGACACAAAUGUUACUGGUUUACCUCUCAGACUCCAGAAGAUGGAUGAUUUGGAGGAAGAGGAGAAUGGAGCAGAGUCUCCAAUAUCCAGCUGUCAGUCUUUGAAAAGUAACCAGUCCAAAGGUCGUCCUCCAGAAUUCAGUAAUGAACCUGAACCCUCAGACACAAAACAGAGAGCAGAGUCUCCAGUAUCCAGCUGUGUGUCUUUGAAGAGUGACCAGUCCAAAGAUUUUCUUCCAGAUCUCAGUAAUGAACCUGGACCCUCAGACACAAAAGAGAGAAAGAGGAGGGGUGUUUCUGUGGAGGAGCAGCUGUCCUGCUGUUCUUUGUGUCAGGACAUCCUGAAAGAUCCAGUCUCUACCAGCUGUGGGGACCGGUUCUGCAGACAGUGUGCAGAAAGAUCCAGAACAACACCUGGACUACAGACAAACAGUCAGACCAGCACUGUACAAAAAAGUGGUCUGCAGGAGGUUUUACAUGAACAUAAGAUCAGUCUGAGGAGGAGAUGUGAAUCUGUGAAUGAAGGGACUGAUGAAGCAGGAAGUGAAACCCUCCUCAAAAGGAUCUACACUGAGCUCUACAUCACAGAGGGACAAAGUGAAGGGGUUAAUACCCAACAUGAGGUGAGACAGCUUGAAACAGCUUCCAAGAUGGAGACCCUCCAUGAAACUCCAAUCAAGUGUCACAACAUCUUUAAAGUCUUACCUGACCAACACAAACACAUCAGAGUUGUUCUGACGAAUGGCGUCGCUGGCGUUGGAAAAACCUUCUCAGUGCGCAAGUUCACUCUGAACUGGGCAGACGGCUUGAAAAACCAAGAUGUCAGUCUGGUGAUUCUGCUUUCAUUCAGGGAGCUGAACUUGAUCAAAGAUGAGCAGUACAGUCUCCUCGAGAUGAUUCAUGUUUUCCAUCCAACAUUACAGAAGGUCACAGUGGAGAAGCUCAAUGAUUGUCAAGUUUUGUUCAUCUUUGACGGCCUGGAUGAAAGCAGGCUUUCACUGGAUUUCAAGAGCAAUGACGUAGUGUCUGAUGUCACACAGAAGUCAUCAGUCAACGUGUUGUUGAUAAACCUCAUCAAGGGGAAUAUGCUUCCCUCGGCUCUCGUCUGGAUAACUUCUCGACCAGCAGCAGCAAAUCAGAUCCCUCCUACAUGUGUUGACAGGGUAACAGAAGUACGAGGCUUCACUGACACCCAAAAGGAGCAGUACUUCAGGAAGAAAUUUGAUGAUGAAGAGCUGUCCAGCAGAAUCAUCUCACACAUCAAGACAUCCAGGAGCCUCCACAUGAUGUGUCACAUCCCAGUCUUCUGCUGGGUCAUUGCUACAGUUCUGGAGCACAUGUUGACUACAGACAAGAGAGGAGAGCUUCCCAAGACCCUGACUGACAUGUACUCACACUUCCUGCUGGUUCAGACAAAGAGGAAGAAGCAAAAAUAUGAUGAGGGACAUCAGACAAGGCCACAGGCACUGACGGAGGCUGACAGGGAAGUUCUUCUGAAGCUGGGGAGGCUGGCAUUUGAACAGCUGGAGAAAGGAAACAUCAUGUUCUACCAAGAAGACCUGGAGCAGUGUGGUCUUGAUGUCACAGAGGCUUCAGUGUCAUCAGGAGUUUGUACAGAGAUCUUCAAAAGAGAGAUUGUGUUCUUCCAGAAAAAAGUCUACUGCUUUGUUCAUCUGAGCAUUCAGGAGUUUUUGGCUGCAGUCUACAUGUACCACUGUUACACCAGCAAUAACACAGAGGUACUGAAGGGCUUCCUGGGAAAAGACUACAGACACAGGGAAUCAAAACCAAAGGGUUUCCCAAAGAACAUUUCUGCUUAUUUCAGAAACAAGGACGUCUUCCUGAGGAAAGCCAUGGAAAAAUCUCUCAAAAGUGAAAAUGGCCACCUGGACCUGUUUGUUCGCUUCCUUCAUGGCCUCUCUCUGGAAUCCAACCAGAGUCUCUUAGGAGGCCUGCUAGGUCAGACAGAGAACAGUCCAGAAAUCAUGCAGAGAGCCAUCAACAACCUGAAGGAGAUGAACACUAAUGUCUCUCCUGACAGAAGCAUCAACAUCUUCCACUGUCUGAUGGAGAUGAAUGACCGCUCAGUACAUCAGGAGAUCCAAAAGUUCCUGAAGUCAGAAAACAGAUCAGAGAAGAAACUCUCCGUGAUCCACUGCUCAGCUCUGGCUUACAUGCUGCAGAUGUCAGAGGAUGUUCUGGAUGAGUUAAGCCUGAAGAAGUACAACACAUCAAAGGAGGGACGACAAAGACUGAUCCCAGCUGUGAGGAACUGCAGAGAGGCUCAACUUUCUGACUGUGGACUCUCAGAGACUCACUGUGAAGUUGUGGCCUCAGCUCUGAAGUCCAACCCCUCCCACCUGAGAGUGCUGAACCUCAGUAAAAACAAACUGCAGGAUUCAGGAGUGAAACUGUCUGCUGCACUGGAGAGUCCAAACUGUAGACUGGAGACCCUGAGAUUGAGUGACUGCAGUUUGUCGGAGAUCAGCUGUGCUUCUCUGGCCUCAGCUCUGAAGUCCAACCCCUUCCAUCUGAGAGAGCUGUAUCUGAGUGGAAACAAGCUGCAGGAUUCAGGAACGGAGCUGCUGGGUGAUUUUCUGAAGAGUCCACACUGUAGACUGAAGACUCUGGGAUUAAGUCGCUGCAGUUUGUUCAGCUGUGCUGCUCUGGCCUCAGCUCUGAAGUCCAACCCCUCCCAUCUGAGAGAGCUGAAUCUGAGUGACAACAAGCUGCAAGAUUCUGGAGUGAAGCUGCUGUGUGAUUUUCUGGAGAGUCCACACUGUAAACUGGAGACUCUGAUAUUGUGGGGCUGCAGGUUGUCAAAGAUCAGCUGUGCUUCUCUGGCCUCAGCUCUGCAGUCCAACCCCUCCCAUCUGAGAAAGCUGGAUCUGAGAGCAAACAACCUGCGGGAAUUAGACGUGAUUCAGCUGUCUGGUCUUAAGAAGAGUCAACACUAUAGACUGGAGACUCUGAGAUGGAGUUGAUGAUCUCUGUAAGAGUGUGAGUGAACAUCCAGGAGUGUGUGUUGAGAGAAGAUGAGCUGAUGAGCUCCUGAUGAUUCAUCUGGACCGGAGUCUGGAUCUGGAUUUUUGUCAUCUUCACUUAAGUCUCUUAACAGACUACAAACUGAACAGUUAUCUCUGGAUUUUGUUGAAGUCAGCACUUUACAAAUAUGUUAUACAUGAGCUGUUUGAUGCAGUAAAGA